CCGGCUGACUGCAGAAAGCGCCGAAAGACCGGAAGGACUAUUGUCCUCCAGCCAAUCAGAGAGCCUGCUUUGUGUGAAUGAAGAUUGAGCUUCACACGGACUAAACUUCCUCCUGUGUCCAACAUCUGAUACUAGAAGGGGAGGAUUUGCAGAGGGAAAUCUCAAAUCAAGCAUCACUUCAAGAUCUGACAGAGUCAUUCGUUUCAUCAGGACCUGAACACCACCGGUCUUUGAAUCCAGGAGGAGAAAUAUUUGUCUGUUCUGUCUGCUUUAAAAGAUUUAAACAUCGGUGUGACUGGCAAAGCAGUGAGAGACACACACUCAAGUUAGAGUGUUCCAGUGUACAACUGUGGAAAGAAUUUUAACAAAUUACACAGUUUGAAAAAACCACCACCAGUCACAGUGGGAUGAGACCAUACAGGUGUUUUGUGAGUGGACGAGGCUUCAACUGAUCAUCAAACUGGGAGAGACACAAGGGCACCAGCACCAUGGAGAAACCAUGGAAUUGUGGGGACUGUGGAAAAGGAUUCAACUUCCCAUAUCAACUGGAAACUCAUCGACGCAGUCACACUGGGGAGAGGCCAUUUACCUGCUCCGAGUGUGGGAAGGGAUUCACUCAUUCAUCCUCCCUUCAGACACACCAGCGAGUUCACACCGGAGAGAGGCCAUUCACCUGCUCCGUGUGUGGGAAGGGAUUCACUAGUUCAUCCCACCUACAGACGCAUAAGCGAGUUCACACUGGGGAGAGGCCGUUUACUUGCUCUGAGUGUGGAAAGGGAUUCAGUGAUUCAUCCAACCUGCUAAUGCACCAGCGAGUCCACACUGGGGAGAGGCGAUUCACCUGCUCUGACUGUGGGAAGAGUUUCACUCAGUUAUCCCAUCUGCAGUCACAUCAGCGAGUUCACACCAGGGAGAGACCAUUUACCUGCUCUGAGUGUGGGAAGGGAUUCAGUGAUUCAUCAAACCUGCUGAGGCAUCAGCGAGUUCACACUGGGGAGAAACCGUUCACCUGCUCCAAGUGUGGGAAGGGGUUCACUGAUUCAUCUAACCUUCUGAUGCACCAGCGAGUUCACAGUGGGGAGAGACCAUUCACCUGCUCUACAUGUGGGAAGGGAUUCAGUGAUUCAUCCAACCUGCUGAUGCACCAACGAAUUCACACUGGAGAGAGACCGUUCACCUGCUCUACAUGUGGGAAGGGAUAUAGUCGGUCAUCCCACCUGCUGAUGCACCAGCGAAUUCACACCGGGGAGAGGCCGUUCACCUGCUCCGACUGUGGGAAGGGAUUCAGUGAUUCAUCCCAUCUGCUAACACAUCAGCGAGUUCACACUGGGGAGAGACCGUUCACCUGCUCCGAGUGCGGGAAGAGAUUCCCUGAUUCAUCCAAUCUGCAGAAACACCAGCGAGUUCACACCGGGGAGAGGCCGUUCACCUGCUCUGAGUGUGAGAAGGGAUUCACUCAGUUAUCCCACCUGCUGACACACCAGCGUAUUCACACCGGGGAGAGGCCGUUCAGCUGCUAUGAGUGUGGGAAGAGAUUCAGUAAUUCAUCCAACCUGCGGACACACCAGAGGGUUCACACCGGGGAGAGGCCAUUCACCUGCUCAGAAUGUGGAAAGGCAUUUACUCGGUCAUCACAGCUGAUGCGACACCAGGGAGUUCACAAGUGAUUACAGGGGUUGGAUUCUGCUGUUAUUGCUGCUGUUAUUCACAUCCAGGACUGAACCAUGUUCAUUCUAACAGUUGGUGAAGUGGGACGGUUGAAGGGUUUCUUUCUGCUGGACUGGCCAGUCUGUCAACUUUGCUUCCAGGAGGCUGAUGCUCUUUGAGCCUGGGAGGGCACAUUUCCACUGAAACGACCCACAAAAGCUGAUGAAAGACACAUAUUUUAUCCUGGGUAGUAAAUUGUGUUUUUCCUACCACUACAGGCAGAUCUGAAAUAAUUACAUUUGUUUUUGUUCCAUUGAGUCUACAGCACAGGGACCAGGCCAGUCGGCUCAAUUAGCCUAUGUCAGUAUUUAUGCUCCACAUGAGCGUCCACCCACUCUCUUCAUCUCCCCCAUCAGCAUAUCCUUCUAUUCCUUUCUUCCUCAUGUAUGUAUCUAGCUUCCCCUGAAAUGUAUUCAUGCUGUUCACCUCAACCACUCGCUGUUAUAGUGAGCUCCACAUUCUCACUACUCACCUGUGGAAAGAUAUUUGUCAUGAAAUCCCUAUUGGAUUAUUGAACCCCUUCAUAAUCUUAAAGACUUCCAUCAGUUCACCCUUCUGUCUUCUCUUUUCCAGAGAAAAGCAGCCGCAGCCUUUCCUGAGGGUUAAAUGCUCUCAGUUCUGGGAUUAUUCUUGUGAAUCUUUGGUGCCCCUUCUCCAGUGCCUCUAUUUCCUUUUUCUAAAAAGAGAUCACAAGUGUUGACAGUCCUCCCAGUGUAGUCUAACCACGGUUCAAAACAAGUUGAACAUUACCUCCCUGCUUUUCAUUUCUGUCCCUGAUAAAGAACCCUAAAUAUGGGCUCAAAAUGUAAGGAAAGAUGUGUAAUUCUUAGAGAGGGGCAGCGGAGAUUUACAAGAAUGGCACCAGAGAUGAGGGAGUUCAGUUUCUUGGAGAGACUGGAGUAAUUGAAAUUUCUCUCUUUACAUCAGUCAUUAGGGCAGAGAAAAGGAGGCCAUUAGGCCCAUCGAGUCCAUUCUGGCUCUCCUUAGAGCAAAUCAGUCAGUCCCAUGCCCUGUUCUAUCCCCAAAUUUCCUUUUGAAAUCAUCCCAUCACCUCUGCUUCUACCACCCUCACCAAAAGUGGGAUGCACAUCAUUACCACUCGCUUUCGAUGCACAUGAGGCUCACAGAAGGAGGCCAUUCAGCCCAUCGUGCCCAUGCAGCCUUUUGAAAGAACUACCCUAUUAAUCCCAUCAUCCUGUAAUUUUCUUUUCCUUUCAAGACUCUAUUCAGUUCCCUUUUGAAAGACCGAGUUGAACCUGCUUCCUGCACCAUUUGCAGGUAUCAGAUUGCAAAUCACAAUAAUUCGCUUUGUUUUAAACCAAAUAACCACGAUGCUGUGUGUUUGAAUUUUCUCAGAGCAUUCGAGAUGGUGUCAAAAACCAGGUUAUUACACAAAAUUAAGGCUUAACCUUUAUCAAAUACUUUGAUGUGGGGACCGAGUGUAAUAUAUCCAAAUUUGUGGAGAAUUAGAAAAAAAAAAUUGCACUUCUUUAGCACCUCUCAUGACCACAGAAAGUCAUAUGAACAUAUGAAUCGGCAGCAGCUGUGGCCACUCGGCCCCUCGAGCCUGCUCUGCCAUUCAAUAAAAUCAUGGCUGAUCUCUUGUAACCUCAACUCCACAUUCCUGCCUACCUCUG